UUUGUGGCCUUAUCAUACGCAUGCAAGUCUCAAUGCGCCAACGGAGUCUCUGCGCCGGGAUGAUUUUUUAAGAGGAUUUCUGCCUGAAAACGUGGCAUUAGUCGCAGGAACUCUGCAGCGUCAACUUGCGGAGCAGAAAAUGAGAGAGAAGCAGGAACGCGCCGAAAGUGCCGCGUCCGCCGCCAAACUGACGGCGCUGCGGCCGCCGUGCGAGCGCAUCUCCUGCCAGAAGAGCAGCGUGUGUUCCCGCUCCUACUUCGUGGUAGUUAUGGUGUUUUUUCACGUGUACAUCAUCAAUGUCAUAGCCCUGCUACUUUACGUGCAUUACAGCAGCGGGCAGGAGGAGGCCAGCAGGAGUCGUGAUGCUGUGAGCAGCAAAGAGCAGCUCGCGGAGCCCCAAAGACCCCCGACUGGACCACAGCCCGCACGUGACGUCUCACUCACGCGGAUAGAGGGCAUCAGAGUCGGACAUGUCCAGAAGGUGUCACUCAUGCCGGAUAAAGUGCAUGAAAUGCGGACUCUCAGUCUGAAACCUCUACUGUUCGAGAUUCCUGGGUUCUUAUCAGAGGAUGAGUGCCGUGUUGUGAUGCAGUUGGCCCAGCUAAAGGGUCUAAUGGAAAGCCAGCUAAUGGUGCAGGAUGGCCAGGAGGAGCUCGCUGAGGAACUCAACCUCAGCCCAGAUGAGAUCUUCGGUCUCCUUGACAUCAACCAGGAUGGACAGCUGCAGCUACAUGAGAUACUGACUCACUCUCGAGUGAGAGACGGCAUCUGGCUUACACCAGAAAAUCUGCUAGAAAUCUAUGCUGGGCUUGAAGCCGACAAAGAUGGAAAUGGUUUACUGAGUCUAGAAGAGUUCAGGCUUCUGAGCAAUGAUGCUUUCCAGCGUUACCUGCAGCAGCGUGGAGUGAAAAGGAGCCAGCUAGUGAGGAACAGCAGACACACUUGGUUGUACCAGGGCAAAGGAGCGCAUAAGGUCCUCCAAGAUAUCAAGACGAGGGUGACUCGGCUUACCCGGCUACCGUCCGCAUUAGUGGAUCUCAGCGAGCCGCUCCAGGUGGUUCGCUAUGAGGAGGGUGGGCACUACCACGCCCAUCAUGACAGUGGUCCCGUCUAUCCUGAAACUGCCUGCACACACACUCGCCUUGCAGCUAACGCUUCCACUCCUUUUGAGACGUCCUGCAGAUACAUCACAGUUCUCUUCUACUUGAACACUGUCGAGGGGGGCGGGGAGACCACGUUCCCUGUGGCGGACAACAGAACCUAUGACGAAAUGUCUCUCAUACAGAAUGACGUGGAUCUGUUAGACACCAGAAGGAACUGUGACAAGAGUAACCUCAGGGUAAAGCCGACCAAAGGAACAGCUGUUUUCUGGUACAACUACCUUUCUGAUGGAAGAGGCUGGAUGGGGGAGCAGGAUGAAUAUGCAAUACAUGGAGGCUGUGUGGUCACCCAUGGCAACAAGUGGAUUGCCAAUAAAUGGAUCAACAUUGAUCCAGACUACCAGCGCCAAGCUCGCUACCAGCAGCUGGUGUCAGAGCAGCCAGAGGAAGAUGAUGAUGAUGAUGAAAGCCUGACUCUUAACCAUAACCAUAACUCGCACAUUUCCAGCAUCCAUCAAGAGUUGUAGCCUUGUGCUGUGGAGAGUAUAUUAGAAAGUUUGAUUCAGGGAAUGAGGUCACAGUGAUUUUAUGCAAAUACGAAUAACAUAGGUGAGCUUUUGUUUCCCGUUUUCCCCAUUUUAGGAAUGUUGCCCUAUAAACUCAUUAAGAGUUCAAAGAAACUUUCCCUUUUGCAUGUUAACGUUUGCCAUCACUCUGGGUAAACACUGCACUUCCUAUGCCCCAUUUAGUUAUUGCUGCUGUAAACCAAAAAGGCUCACACACUGUCACUGUAAUGCAUGUUUUCUCUCUUGAAUUGCUUAUUUAUUUAUUUAUUUUACAUUAAGUACUCAUUAUAUUGUUCAGAUGUCCCAUUUGAUUCGUUCUUCCUCCUGUGAGUUUGAGAGGUUUUCCAUGUUUGCUUGUUAAUGUUCGGCCAUGAGUCUAGAUAGUGGUGUUGACCUGAAAUAAAUGCUUUUAUACAA